UGGAGGAGACAUGAGGACACGACCAGAGCAAGUCUUGAUCUACGAGUUUGUUCCGAAUGGUGACCUUGAGAAGUGGAUCAGCACACAAGCACCCGUUCAUCUCAGCUUGAAGCAGCGGCUGGACAUCCUCAUUGGUGCUGCACGUGGCGUUGAGUACCUCCACAGCUUCAACCUUGUGCAUCGCGACAUCAAACCUGGCAACAUCCUUUUGGGUGCAGACAUGCAGGCCAAGAUUGCAGAUUUUGGGCUUGUGAGGAUGGAAGAAGGCAGCAAUGUGGGCACGACUAGAGUCAUGGGAACUCCUGGCUAUGUGGAUCCGAUCUACUUUCAGACGUCAAAGGCAACCAGCGCCACUGAUGUCUACAGCUUUGGUGUGCUCAUGCUUGUGGUCCUUACCGGACGGAGUCGCCCGCUCUAUACGGAUGAUGGAGAGGUCGACCACAUCCUGUCAUGGAUUCUUGAACUUUGAUUGAACCUUUUGAGAUUGAGUUAAGUUCUCCUCCUACAGCUUACCCCCUAAUGCGUCGAAAGCCAUAGCGUCGCGAAUACUUCAUCAAUCAACGUGAUUCAAAUUGGGAACGGUAGCUGAGAUUAAGAGCUACAACAUAUCCAAGUUUCGCGACAUUCCAACGGCUAGUUUUUCGUCGACGUUGUUUCUUGUGAAGACGACUUUUCUGUCCAGAAUUUCGGAUUUAUAUUUUGAGUAAUUCUAGUUCCUAAGUUCACCUAGACUCCGUCCUUAAUCCUAACAAGUGGUAUCAGAGCUGUAUUAAGGACGUUGAGAGGAGUCUACAGAAGUGUGAAGACCCUUCUAGACCCACCAUGGCCUGUGGGUGUGCCUAAGUGGUGUUCUAAAGGUUGGAUGUGUCUUCCGCUAAGGGAAACUCUGCCGAAAUUUCGUGGACGCCGACACUUGUGAAAAUAUCGAGGGAGCUGAGUGUGGACAGCAAAG